UUGAUGGUGACCCAUACAGCAGGUGACACUCUCAAAGUAGCUGGUCACUACAUAAAAUGUGUCUUUCUCUCAUUUGUUUCCCACCUGCUUUCCGAGCCCCUUUCUCGGACAGUUGACCACAGCAUGUUUGAGAAUUUGAACACAGCCCUCACUCCGAAGCUCCAGUCGAGCCGUUCCUUCCCCCACCUGUCCAGACCUGUGGCCCCCAGCUCUGCCACCCUUGGCUCUUCAGAGCCUGGUGGGCCAGGAGUGAGGGUGGGGAGCAGCCAGCACCUCAAGAACCUAGGCAAAGCCAUGGGGGCCAAAGUCAACGACCUCCUGAGGAGAAAGGAGCCCUCAAGCCUCAGCAGUGUGGGUGUGAUGGAGAUCAACAAGACUGCGGGGGCUCAGCUGGCUGGUGGGGCUGAUGGGACAUCAGGGGCCUGGCUAGAGGAUGAAAGAUCAGUCCCUGAGGACUUCCCUCGCCUGGAUCCUCCACCUCCCAUAACCAGGAAGCGAACCCCUAGGGCCCUGAAGACCACCCAGGACAUGCUGAUAUCAUCACAGCCCGUCCUAAGUAGUCUGGAGUAUGGGACAGAGCUGUCACCUGGGCAGCCCCAGGACUCCCCUCUCACUGUCCAACCUGUCCCAGCAGAUGCUUCACAGCUGGAGGCCACCAUGGAAGAUAGGGACGAGGUUCUGCCCAAUGGUGAAGUUUCCCUAUCGGUUCCUGACCUAAUUCACAAGGACAGCCAGGAUGAAUCUAAGUUAAAGGCAUCUGAGCACAGAAGAGCCUCCUCCCCAGGCCUCGUUGAGAGGAAUGGCCUCAAACUCAGCUUGAGCCCCAUCAGCCUGGCCGAGUCCUGGGAGGACAGUAGCCCCCCUCCUCGGGCACGGACCUCCAGCCUUGACAAUGAGGGCCCUCACCCAGACCUGCUGUCCUUUGAGUAGCCUGUGAUCUUCCCUGC